AGUGCCUUUGCCACCUCGGCCAGAACCAGAAGAAAGGCCUUCAUUAUCGAAGUCAACGCAGUUAUCGAAGUCGAAGCAGGACGACAUAAGACCACUGCAACAGUUCCCUGUUAGCGUCGAGUUGGCAGCAUCAGUCUCAACUUCACUUUGGUAUCUUCCAACCGCAAAGUUUGUGGGCCGAACGCACAUACUAGUCAGUAGCAACAGAUUGAGCCAAUCGAGCCGAGGAAGAGCUGUGCUUGGUGUCGCAGCAUACAAAGCCCAAGUGAAAAAAACAGGUGAGUAGGGAAAAGCAACAGGGCUGUGGAGGAAGCGUGCUCCUUUUCUGCAGACUCCAAGCCCUGCGCGUUUGAAUGGCGGACGUGUGUUGCUGACUCUCUUCUCUGUGCGCCGUACUUGAAGCCUCUGGUCUCGCCACUUCACUGUAGAAUCUCUAGGAGCCACCAACUUCAAUCGAGGCACCAAAACCGAAGCGAUACUCGACUUGCUUCAAGGCUAGAGCCACGACAAGGACAAGAACUUUUGGAUCCUCUCUUCUCUCUAGUUGAAGCCACACUUGCUUCAACGUCCCAUCCAUCCAUUCGAGCACCAUUCCGUCCGAAACAAUGCUAUCCAUGGUCAAUAGCAGCCAGUCUGUUGGCAACAACGCUGGCAGCAACACCAGUUCAAGCACCACAAACACAAGUGUCAGUAUGAACACAGGAACGUCCGUCGCACACGCUAUUGCGAGCUUAGCGCACAGCGGGAACACCAAUUCGCAGUACAACCCGCUGACUCUGCAGCUUCAGCAGCCACAGGACUCUGCCAACCAAACACGGCAUCACCACGUCAGCAACGCAACCAACAAUGCCGCUGCGGUGCUGACCUCGGUCUCUCGUGUCGGUAUGCCGGCUGCAGUAGCGACGGCCCCGAAGAAGCGGUCAACCAAGUCCAAGUGCUCUCCUGGUUUACGUAGUGGCAAGUGGACACCAGAGGAGGAGGCGUUCACUAACACGAUCAUCCACUACUUCAAGCGCGGACUCCUGGACGUGGAAGAUGGCACCUCUCUCCGCUGGUAUCUAGCGAAGCGUCUGAACUGCGAGGCCAUGCGUGUGACCAAGAAGCUCAAGGGCGACAGCUCCAUUGGCAAGCAGAUCUUCCGCGCCGUAGAGAACACACCUGCCAGUCGCCAAGCUAUUAGACACGCCCGUGAAGAACUCGCGGUAAUGGAAGCUCGCUUCCUCGAGUCACUCAGUGGCAGUGGUGUUGGUCCGGGUACGCAGCAUAUCCCCUCCGCUUCAUUGCCGUCUUCCCUCGCUGUGUCAGUCCGUGGCCGCAAGAUCCUGCCAAACAUGAAGAAUAGUGACGGUCAGCCUCUGACUUUGGCUCCCAUGCCACAGCCCAAGUCUGAAGACGCGAGACUGCUGAUGCACUUCUUCUGUGAAGCACAUGACGGCUCUGAAGAGGAGCCGGAAGACGAGAAGAAAGUGGAGAAGAAAGUGGAGAAGAAAGUGGAGAAGAAAGCGGAGUCUGGCAGCCUCAGCAUUGACCUGAGCGGGAAACUCGGCAAGAAGCGACCGCUGUCGAGCGUUACGAAUGUGGAGAAGGCUGAAACCUCUAAGGACAUCAAGUCACCAGAGAAGAAAGAUGUUGCCUCUCCACAGACGAAGAAGCAGGCGAUCGAGGUCGUUAACCCCACUGUUGAAUGAGCUGUACACACCGCACAGCGAGACUAUUUAGGCGAUUACUCGAAGGUCUAGAGAGCGACGCCGCACCUCCACAAUAUUUACAAGACAACCAACACGGAAGAAACGAGGAACGAGGGCUGGCCUCGCACAAUCUUACCGCUCUGGUAGUUGUAGCGUAGCUGAAUGACAAAAGAAAAAGGCAGACGUUAGACGCGCACACCCAUACACCCUUCUGCCACAUGUACAUAUUCAUUUUGGUCUAAAAUACAAAGUUUUACGAAAAGUGCUC